AUGUCCCGGUUCUGGAAGCCGGGGGCGGAGAGGCCGCAACUUCUCGACGACGAAGAGGGCGGAGUCAUCUUCUUCUCCGCUCCGUCGUCUGCCGCGGGGUCUGUUUUCUCGAACCCAUCUCUCUCGUUUCUCGUCUCCAGCUCCCUUCGGCUUCAUUCUCCCAUUACGUGACGAUUGCACAUAUCGAAAGGUAUGGCUACGCGAACUUGGAGAGGCAGAGGCAACGUCUACCCGUGUACAAGUUCCGAACCGCCAUUCUAUACCUAGUUGAGAAGCACGCUACGUCUAUCGUUGUUGGCGAAACGGGUAGCGGUAAAACGACCCAGAUACCUCAGGUUCUUACCCGCUACUCCUGCUUCAUUCGAUUUUGCAAGAAUUUUCGUCAAAAAUUCGAUUCUCUUUUGCUGCAUUCGCUGUAUCCUCAACCGAGCGUUGAGGUCUUUUUUCCCGACUAUUUUCAGUCAAAGUUAUGGAGGAAUUUUUCGGGAUGUUGAGUUCCCUUUUGUUACUUCACAGUACCUGAAGGAAGCAGGUUGGGCUGAGGGGGGACGAGUGAUUGCUUGUACACAGCCAAGACGAUUGGCCGUUCAGGUCUUCUCCUCCCUUCAUAUUGAUGAUUUUCGCAUACUUUACUCUUUCAUGUUGUUUCACUGGAACCUAGUUGAUACUUUCUCCCUUAUAGCUCCCCAUUGGCGUCGUUUGUUUCUUUAGAGUCAGAUAUAUGAUGUCGCUAUACUCUGAAAUUUUUCCUUUCAAUGCUUAUUACAGUUUGGUCCGUUAUCAUGCUUUUGCGCUGUCAUUUGUUUCAGGAAAUAUGUUGGCUCACACUAUUUCACCUUGUAUUUCCGUCGUGGGGUCAACAAAAGUGGAACAUUUUCAAAUUAAUGCAAUUGAGAGAACGACAUUAGAGUUGAGAAUAUAUGUUUUGCCCAUGUUCCUCUGUGAAUACUAAAAUUAUACAAGAAGAGGUAGAGCUUAUUGGUAUCAGCUGCUAGAGAUUGUAAAGAUGAUGAUUUAUAAUCACUGUUCAUGAAACUGGUACUAGUCACUACUUUUUCAUGGUGGAUCAAGGCUCUUAAAGGAUGCCUUUCAAAAUGUUAUUUGAAGAGAUUUUCUUUCGACCUGUGAUAUAUGUUAUUUAACUCUUUGAUUUAGUGCCUCUUUUUGACAAGUUUUGUUUUAAUUUUGUAUCCCUGGUUGGUUGAGUUGUUUUAGUUGCAUUAAGGACCCAGGCAUCAGGACGAGCCAUAAUAAGGAGCCAGAAAUGAAACAUGGCAUUGAACAGCACGAUAAGCACAUUGCAAAGCUUUAUAAUCAUUUCAAUGCAAAAUUUUACAUACUAUACAUUUUUUUUGGCAAUUUAGAUAUUUACGCAUUUAUUGAUGUUUACGGGCUACUCAAAACUAGUGUCUGAUUAUGGCUGCUUCUUGCUUUUAUUGUUUUUUAUGGUUUUCUUCGUACAAUAUCCCUCCUAUAUUAGAUUUUAAUGAACUAUGUACUUUUUCCAUGUUCUUCAGUCUGUGGCGUCACGGGUAGCAGAAGAGAUGGGUGUCAAACUUGGGGAAGAAGUGGGUUAUACGAUUCGUUUUGAAGAUGUCACAAAUCCGGUAUGGCUCCCAUUCCCACCUAAAAGUGGAAUCCCUAUGGACCCAUUUAUCUUUGGUACAUGUGUCUGUAAUUGAUGGAUUAAUUUGGCACUUUUAAUCAUUUGUGAUGAUUCCAUUUGAUCAUCGUUUUCCUUUGGCCGUUGAUAUUUAAUAGACUUAUAUUCUUAUUUCAGGGUGUAACCGUGAUCAAAUUCCUUACGGAUGGUGUAUUACUUAGGGAGAUGAUGGAUGAUCCUCUUUUGACUAAGUAUAGGUACCAACGGAAAAUUCAUACACAUUUAUUAUUAUUUUUACGUGACUAAUUAUCUCAGAUAUAGUCUGAAAUUUUCAUAUAUAGUCACUUAUUUUUUUCCUGAGAUUUCUAUUUACAUUGUUUUCUUGGAAAUCAUUAUUAUCUUCAUAUGCUUUGACUGGGCUUUCCAGUUCAUAAAAAGAGCUGUCACCAAAAUUCUUAUUUUGGGAAUAUCAUCUUCGGAAAUUUCUUCUGGGAUCUGGGCUUUCUAAAAGGCGAGUGGCUUAGAAGUCAUCUAUGUAAUACGUGCUUCUGUGUUUAUGGGGCCAAUAUUUUAUUAGAUUUUGAUAACAUAGAUCAUGUAGAGCACGUUUUGUGAUCUGUUGAAAUAUAUCACGUAAUAAAUUUAUAUUUCUUGGUAUUCGUUCGUUUCUACUUAAGCUGCACCGACAAAGGUUUUCAGAUUAUUCAUUAGUUUUGACCCAGCUGACCAGUUCCAUCAUUUCCAUUUUUGUAUAGAUCUUGGUGUUGUAUUUGAACUUAAUUUCAAUUAUGGCUUAGUUAAUUCUGUAGUCUUUAUUCGUGUGAAAGUUAUUAAACGGUGAAAGGGGUCAUUCAAAACUUAUUUUUGUAUAUUUGAUCUAUCUUGAAAUCCCAUGCUUCUGUUAUAUUCUAUUUUCUGAGUCAUUUCUCGAUUAAAUACGUGCAAAGUGGAGGAUUAUUUCAAGGUUUAUGAUAUCAGAUAGCGUACUUCAAUCAGUACAAAAAAUUAGUUAAAUUUAAUUUGAAAUAAACAAUGAUGAUCCCUUUUUAAUGAGGGACUUGACAAUGUAUAAGCUACAGCUCUCUAUUCAACUGUCAAUAAGUAUGUUUUGUUCGUAACAAUGUGUUUGAUCAGGAAUCUAGCCCAUAUGAAAUCUAAAGUCUAGUUGGAAAAAGGUUGACCUCUGGAAUUCGGUGUCUGAUUAUAUUUGAAUGACUCGAGGAUGACUUGUAUCUUUAGGACAUUGGUUUCAACUUUCUCAAACAACUUUCAAGAAAAAUCUAAAUUCGCAUUUACUUUGUGUAUCUAUUUUAAGAAAGUCCAGUGAACUACUUCUGAGAUUGCCUGGGAAUGUUAUUGUUGAUUUCAGAAAUUUUGUUGUGUGAUUACCUCGUCAACUUUUUUGGAAGCGACUUGUUGGAAUUGUCACUGCAAACAUUAUAUGCUCAAUAUGUCUGACUUACGUUUUGCUCGUGCUUCUGACCGAAGUCUGCCAACACUCCUGGCAUUUUUUAUAUUUUUUCAAAAAAAAUCCUCUGUAUCAUUUAUCAUGUACUGGUGCCAGAGUAUGCAUGGCAAAUGAGAGAUUUUGGAUAUAGAAUGAAUGGAGUAAGUAUAAAAAUUCAGCUAGGAAGUGCGAGAUAAAUAAAGAGGGAAAUGACUGGAUGGAACCUUAUUUUUGGAAUGGAGGUGAGAAGAGAGUUUGAGUAGUGUCUGGGAAUCGUCACAUUCUCAAUCUUCGAAAGCCUAGAUACAUUUUGUAUUUUGUGUCUUAUUUUUUGCUGUCAUUAAUAUUUUUCUAAACAAUAAUGAAGCACCUAGUUUACCUGUCUUUUAUGUAAGAAACUACUUUUAUUCUGAAUCCCUUCCUGUAUUACAGAUGUAAUGUGAGGUUCAAGUGUCAUGCUUGGUUCUUCCUUUUACAGAAUUAACUUUGCGGUACCUUUUUUGCGAACUGGUAAAAAUAGUAGAAUAAAAGGUUCUUCUUUCUGCUUGCCAUUUUUCUGGGGGUGUUGGGCUGAUUAUGAACAUAUAAACAUAUGUUUAUUGGCCUAUAUUUAGAUUGCAGCGUUAGCUCUAGGAAAAAUCAUGCCUUUUUGGUCUACAGUAGUAGGAGCUAUGGCCUGUAUUUUAACUAUCUUAUAAGUAUGUGGCCCUAGCAUCUACGUGAUCUACAUUUAUUUCUGUUGUUAUAUAUUUUGUCAACAUUUAUCUGCGAGAUGUUCUUUCUCAGGACCUGGUUGUCUGUACGAUACUGCAUACCAAUCAACUUAGGCUUAUUAACUAGUUUUUUUGUUCAUCUUUUGUACCUUGCUCUCAUGCCUUUUGGAAGUACACCAGAUUGGUGAAAUAUUUCUUUCAUAUACUUCAUUCUGAUUCUUCGUAAAUGUGGUGUGUAAUGAUAGGUUUAUGUAUAUCAUUUUUAAUUUUAAAAUUGGCUUUUACUAGUGUCAUUAUGGUGGAUGAGGCCCAUGAAAGAUCCCUUUCUACUGAUACGUUGUUGGGCCUUUUGAAAAAGGUUUGUGGUGCUGAUUGACAUAAAAACGUUUUUGGUUGUUUGUUCAGUUUCCUGGAAAACGGUUUUGACUGUUACAUGUUAUAUGAUUUUUUCAUGAAUGCACCAGGUUCAACGUCGUAGGCCUGAUUUGCGCCUAAUUAUUUCAUCUGCAACGAUUGAAGCAAAGUCCAUGUCGGCAUUUUUCAGUUCCAGGUUCCUCAUAAUUUGACAUGCCACUACUUCUUUCCUUGUUUAAAAAAGCAUUGCAAAAGUACUUGAACUUUCCAUUUGUCUCAUGGUUCAUUACUACUCAAUGAUGACAUAUUUUCCCUUGUAGCAUCUCCUUUCUCAUUUUCAGGGUUUACUAGUAAUGCAAACCGUACAAGGAUAAACAGUCAGGAAAAAUUUCUUCUUCUUCACAAAUCAUAGAACAAUUGCUAGUUAUAGACAAUUACCCUCGCCACAAAAAAUGGAAGCUACCUGGGUUAAAGAAAUUAACCAAGUAGGGAAUUGCGCAACUAGGAAACCAACCAAUGGAAACUAUCAUCGUUUUUCGCACAACCAGUUUCACUUUCAACUAAAAAAUAUUUGCAUUUUGUUGUCUGUUUAUACAAUUUUGUAUCAUUUCUAUGGCUAUAAUGCAUAACACUUUUUGGGCUAUGUUAACCUUUGGGUACAUUUUUGGAUUUUGGGCCUGACAACUUCCACGUCCAAGUUUACUUAUUUUGAGGUGUGUGCACAUAUUGUUGGAAAAGGUAGACAGAGGGAGAAUGUCUUUUGUCAUGGAGGAUAGAGGGGAGAACGGUGGACAGCCACCUCAAGAUUCAUUCACCUCUAGCACCCCUUAGGGAAAAACCCUACACAACUUUCUCAAAAUACCUCUAGUCUUUUAUAGUAUUUCCUUACGACUUAGAACUUCCAACACAUAUGUUAUCCUUUGAGUAUGUUUUUAAGAUUUUAGGGUUUAAAUUUGCCACCUUCAAGUUCAUUGGGAAAAUGCAUGGUGAGAUGUGUUCAUAAAAUUUCACAACUUUAUUGAUCUGUAAUCUUUCAACACUGGAAAAGAUUACUGAGUAAUGCCUUUAAAUCUCAUUGUCGUUUGUCCAUGCUUAGAUGGAAUUCUUUUUUGUAGAAAAAUGUGCUAGCAUAUAAAUCUUUUGACUCUCUAGACCUGUGAUGCGUAUCCUUCUCGCUUAUUGUUGAAGAUAGAAUCAAGUCUGGUGUACUGAAAGAACACUCCAGUGUCCGUGGAGAAAAAUGUAUUCUCUUAUUCGAAAAGAAAAAUAGUCUUACAAAAUGCGUGGGGUCUGGUAUUUGUAACAGACCCUAGAUGGUUCUAGACUAGACACAUAAUGUACAUAACAACUAGACCCUAGAAUCUUCUAGGCACAUUUAUUCCGCCAACACAUAUAACAAAAUAACGUUGGUUUUUUUAUAACAAAAAUACCUAAUUGGCUUGUGCUUCUGAUGACAUUUAGCUUUGUUUUGAUUCUUUUUAAUUUUUUUCUGGAAACCAUUAUUUUCUAAUUAUCUGGUGUAUCUCAAUUCCCAAAAGUAUGUUAUGCCUAACAUUCAAUGCAGUGAUUGAUUUUUUUUCUUGUUUUGGUUACCAUCCAGCAAAAAACGUCCGAUUCAAGUCCCUGGAGAUCAUAUACCAGAAGCAGUGCCAGCGAUUAUUUCUGUUGAAGUAACGUGACAUUUAUGAUAAUUAUAUCCUUCUCUUUCACUAUGGGUUCCAUAGAUAAUAUAUUUGACAAUGGCUUCUACUAGGGCAAAGGGUUUCCGGUGGAGAUUCAUUAUUCUGAGGAGUCUUUUUCAAAUUAUGUGGAAGCUGCUAUUUCUACAGUAAUUUCAAUCCAUAGUCAGGUAAAUUGCAGCUAUUAGUUUAGGUUAAUGGAUCAAUUUCGUUGGACAAAGCAAAACUUUGUACUUUGCUGUUAUGCUUUGAUAUCUAUCAUUGUUCUUGGGUACGUUUAAUGCAGUGACUCCAUUCUCUUGCAAUUAUAAAUUACUCUCUCCUUGUUAUGCUACUUUUCUGAAUCCUCACGUGUCAUGAUCUCUGUUUAUGUCACGGACAAGUUAAAAUCUCGUUUAUGAGCAUUUCUGUAUCUUAGUAACCAAAUAAACUGAUAGGUCACUGAACUAAUUACAGGGCACUGAUGAUGGUAAGCGCACAUUAGUCCUCAGAUCUUAGGUAACUCAUAGUUUUUGGAUGCAGUUGCAUCCGGAUUCUCGUAUCAUGUGGUUUCACUGAUUAUGGAGUUGGCAUUGCUUCAUGUUAUUUUCAAUAUGAAAUGAUAAGAGACCCAAAAAUCUGAUUUUGGUCUGAUAUCAUUUCUUCUCACAAAACAUGUGGUCAAGUUCAGUCAGUGCGGGGUCUUUUUGGAUAGAGACUGACGUACUGAUAUCAUAUUUUGGAUUUGAAAGUAGUUUGCAUUUGAACACAAAUCCAAAUUUCAUAGCUAAUUAGAUUAUAUGACUUAUUUGGUCCUUUGAAGAAUCUACAUCAUUUGUUUUUGAUGUUAUCCAUUUGUUUAAGGAAAAACCUUUCAUGGAAUAUUGAUAUUCUCUGACAGGAACCGGCUGGUGAUAUCUUGGUGUUUCUCACGGGUCAGGAUGAUAUUGAGGCUGCUGUUAGAUUGCUCAUGGAAGAUGGUCAAGCUCCUGAGAGUCGUUCUUCCGGUAUUCUUUGAUAUCUUUAUCUUCAUUUUAUCUAAAAGUAAACCAGGCCUUUGAUGGGUAAAAUAAAAAAGAUAGCAAGAGUAUCUGAAUCUUUUCAGCGUUCUGCAACUAAAUUAUGGGUGCUGGGUUUCUAUUUAAAGGAAUUGAUAUACAUAACACAUUGCAAAUUUUUGUGAAGUCCAUUUGCAGUCUUUAUUAUUCUAGAAAACUACGUGGAGUAUUCUACCAUAGUAUAAUAUCCGAAUCCUAUCCUCUCCCUGCGAUUUCCGCCACCAUAAUCACUUGCACAAAGGUGCAAAUGCUGAUCUAUCUUUGUACAUGGAGAAUUUCCAGUUUAUAUUGAUCCGGGUGUAAUUUUAGCAAAUGCAAGAAGUGGACCUGUGAUUUUUCCUAUUUUCUUUCUUGUAGUUAAUCUCUCUCUCAUGUUUGUUAUAUCCCAAGUGUCCCAAACUUUUUGGCAUUCUGUUGGUUAUCAUACUUGGCAACUUUCUUUGUAGAAUUUCUUUAUAAUUGUGUGGUCAACGAUAUUAAAGUAAUGUUGGGUUUGACUUUUUUAUGCUUCGCACCUAGGGUUGCUGAUACUGCCUUUGUACUCUGGGCUUCCUCGUGCUGAACAGGUCAGUAACAGUCAUGUUCUAACAUUAUAUUCUAAAUCAUGAAAUAUACCUGUGGAAUUGUUACCUUCAUUUGUUAACUUCCUAGGAUCUUGUGUUUUCUCCAACUCCUAAAGGAAAGAGGAAAGUCAUAAUAUCUACUAAUAUUGCAGAGACUUCAUUAACUUUGGAGGUAACUGCGGUCCAUUUCUAUAUCAUUAAAUGGUAAAUCACCUCCUUGUGUGUUUUCUAAUCUUACAUUGACGUAUUUGUUUCAACCUGCAGGGUGUAGUUUAUGUUGUGGACAGUGGGUUCUCAAAGCAACGUUUCUACAAUCCGGUAUUUUCUGUUAAAUAUUUCUUUUCCAUUUUUGUAAUCAAAAUAGUUGGAAUCUGUAACCUUCAUUCGCAGAGCCGUUUUCUGUGGUUUCCCUGAUCAAACUAUGAGUUAAUAAGGAAUCAUGCAUAGCACUGAGUAGGGAGCCACCGAAUAUUCCUUGGUAUAUUUUGUGCAGUACAUGGCUUAGCUUUUUGGACUGUUUCUGAUUAUUUCUAGAUAUAAAAUUGACCACUAUAUAUCGGGUAGGAGGUGAACACAGUCGGAUGAAGUGGAUGUUGAAUUUAAAUGGAAAGUUCUUUUUUUAGACAUGAGGGUUGUUCGACUGAUGUAGUCUUCUUUUGGUUUCUUAAAUGUUAAAAGAAUUGAUGACUAUCAUCGUGGAAGACUAGAGCAUAGAUGUAUCUACAUCAUCUUGAUGUGAUCUGUUGCUCUUGUACAUUAAUCUUUUCGAGAGCUAAUUGUGAGCACACUGAUGUAUCCUGUGUUUCUUUAUUAUACUAGAUGAAUUUCUAAUAUUAUCCAUUUCAAGAAAAAAGAGGAUUGUGAAUGUAAUGAUACUACUGGUUUGCCUCCAUUUUUUAACUCAUGUUUUGUUAGCGCCAUCUUUGCCAAGAUGUUGGACAUCCUCUAGCCAACAAGGCAAUUAAUUAGUGCUUUAGUAUUUCAGAUCUUCGACUGUUUUAGAUGACUUUUGUGCAUCUGUGUUUGAUGUAUAACUGUUCUAUAUCACGGGUGCAAAUUAGAUAGUUCUGUAUUAUAACCUUUUAUUUGUAUCUAACAGAUAACACAUGAAUGAGAAACAUUUAUUAUAGGAUUCCUGUUCAUUUUUCUUAAAAUUUAUGAGGUUCACUUUUUUUAUUGCCAAAACUAGAGUCUAUCCUUGGGUGGAAAAAGAGUUCUUGUUUGGCAGGGUAUUUAACCAUCUUUUGGUGUCCUCUCUUGAUUCACCAAAAACGUGUCGGUUUUCUUUAUAUGGUUGCAUUGCAAAAGGACUCAUUUAUUUAAUAAUGUCGCGAUAUUCUGAGUUUAAUUCUAAUUUACUAUCCGGUUUUCAGUCUCUUCCAUUUUAAGUGCAAAGUUCUCUCUUUUUAUAAUUUACUUAAUUGUAACUAGGAAAUAAGGAUUACAUUUGGAUGCUCACUAUGUACAGAUUUCUGAUAUUGAGAACUUGGUGGUAGCACCGAUAUCCAAAGCAUCAGCAAGACAAAGAGCUGGGCGAGCUGGUCGAGUACGACCAGGGAAAUGCUUUAGGUACGUGAAAGCUGCUCUGAUUUAACAGUAUCGUCUUUACUGAUCGGUCUGUGGUUGGGCCUAUGUUGUGCAAGUCCGAAGCCCAUUGGUUUUGGAUAAAUUUCUACCUAGUAUUACCCUUGCUAAAUGAUUGAUGGAGUCACCUCUCAGUUAAAUUAGUCUGUUUCUGUGAAGUUGCAUACCAUUCAUGCAUGUCUGAUGCUCGUGUGUAAUUCAUGUUCAAGACCAUAAUUAUAUAUUCCGGUGUGUCCAAUGGUGGAGAUUAUGUGAUGCAUAAACGUGUUGCCCAGGAAGGAUAGCCAUUCCUUGAUGUGUGUCCAGUGGUCAAAGUUUCCGCAUUUUUGGAUAAAUGGCACCAAACUAAUAGGUCUGAAUCGCUCUUUGGUUUCAUUCAGUGUUUAAAGUUGUGCUGAAUUAUUGGUGGCAAUCGGCCAGGUUUUGUUCCUGGAAGAUGCAUCUUUGGUAAACCUUUUUGCUUCUCGGUGAGGUUGUUCAUUAUCAAAGAUCUAUUGUCAAAAUUCGUGACGCCAUGCUUGUGUAAGUGAAAAUCUAUGAUUGUGUUGACCAUUAUUUCUUAAUAGGGCGUUCAUUUUAGCAGUUAUUUCCGUAAGAGUUACACUCACCUAGAGACAUGUAAAGAGUAGUUACCAUACUUCCCAAAUUUAUUCCCAAAUGAUGUAGCUUUAUGGAUAUAGAUUGGAAAGUGGUUGUAAAGAAUACAGUUGAUGGUUCUAUGUAGAUUGUCUAAGCUGAAGAUUUCAGGUUGGAUGAAGGUUUUUUGCUUCAAACCACAGUAGUAAUUAGGUAUUGGGCCGAACAAACCUUCCUUACACAUGCUUGACUUAUGGACAUUGAAAAAGUGCGUGCAUGCUCUCUUGGGUCUCAUUCCUUUCGCCAAUGGUAUUUUUUCUCCUUUUUUGGAAUGAAAAGUGGGAGUCGCUCUCAAUUUUCUUAGAUAAAAAUAUAGCUAAUAUAUCAAUAUUUUAGGUAAAAUUACUUCAUAAAACCCAUCAUGAAAAGUCACUUCGUAAAAGUAUGAUAGAGCCUUUAUUUAACAAGAAGUUUUAUGAAAUAAAUUUUCUACCCUGAUCGGUGACAUCUCGGAACAGUCUUCGAGAUUAUGGUUCUGUGCAAUGAAAGCAACAUGGCAGUAUUGGGAAAGCAGUAAUUCGCGAGAUAUAUCAGAAAAUUUACCACACAUUGCACACCUGAGACCCUAUGUAGAAAAAUUCGUCAUGACUGCUGGUGAGAAUAUGGAAAUUAUUUAUUAUGCUUUUUAAAAAACAAAAAAAUUGUUACCCAUUUUCUCUCGGAAGGUAUAUAAAGAAUACCUUUAUUUUUUUUUCAACAUUUACGAUUCAUUCUUAUUUGAAUUUGUUAGUUUUAGUUUUUGAUCAUCUUGUUACUUUCCUAAUCUAUGUACAUCUUUAACAGGCUAUAUACUGAAGAGUAUUUUGUAAAGGAAAUGCCUAAUGAAGGAAUACCAGAAAUGCAAAGAUCAAAUCUUGUUUCUUGUGUAAUUCAGGUAAGGAUUAUGUAGGUCUAGUUUUACGUAAUCACAGUUUUAUCCUUUGAAAUAAGUGUUAAGUAUUUAGAUGAAUGAUGACUUUAUUUUAAAUCCUUCUGGGGCAUGAAUGAGUGUUAAUUUAUCGGACUGUAUUUCAGCAUUUCCACAGAGUAACCUGGAAUUUCAAUGCCAACUCCAAGGACAAAACAGAAAAUGAUCUUUCAUUUAAGUUCCCCCAAUUAUCCUGCUUAAUUAUGUUUCAUUUUUAUAUUGAUUCACAUUAUUCACUUUUUUUCUUGUUAUUUGUUCAUCAACAAAAUAUUGAUGAGAAAAAUAUAUUGCAAUAUUUUUAAUGUGCAGCUAAAGUCCUUAGGGAUAGAUAAUAUUCUGGGGUUUGAUUGGAUAUCACCUCCUGCACCAGAGUCGAUGAUUAGAGCUCUUGAGGUCCUCUACUCACUUGGAGUACUUGAUGAUGACGCAAAGCUAACAACCCCUACUGGUUUUCAAGUUGCAGAGAUUCCUUUGGUAUUUAUUUUUAUUCUAUUUUUAUGCAUAGUUUUUCUAUGUGUAAUUUGGUGAUGGAGCUCUUUGCGGACUAAUGUGUGCGUCUACAUAUUGAUUAUGUUGAUUUUUUUUUAUUUGCCUUUUUCUAAUUAUGGAGAAAUAUUGAUUUUUUUUCUUUGACGGCAUCAACUACUCAGAAGAAUGGUGUUUGUGCGGUUCCAUUAAAUUAGUGAUCAAAAGCUGGGGUACAAUGACAUCACUUUAUGCAGAUGAUAAAUUGGUUUUUUCUGUAGAAAUAAUUUCGGUGACUGCUUCUGAGGCAGAACGGCGGUAAGGUAGUGAUUGAUAUGAAAGGUGCAGAAGUUGAGAAAUGGCUUGUCACUAAUGAGAAGAACAGAGUAGGUCUUGAUUUCUGUGUUUGAUCUUUCGAGAAAUACAACUGAGCAAAAAUUGACCCGUAGAUGAGGAUGAUUUGAUAAGAAAAACAGAGGCAGAUGUGUUCCUCAUCUCAUUUUGGAAAACAAUUUGGGACAGCAGAGUCCGAAUGAUCAUAGAAUUGGCAGAAUUUUUUUACUGCGAGGAACAGGUAGAAUCUUUACUCGGAAACAAGAUUAUCCGGUGUUGGCUGAGGGUAAAUUCUCCCAUAAGUGGAAUAUAAUAUUUUAUUGUGGCAACAUUUGGUGAUCUGACGGGGGGACGGGGUAAGCAUACGUAUCAUGAUGAUUCUGAAUAUUUGGUACAGAUCCAGGCUUUGUUGUAUAUAUGACAAUAUUUCGCGAAACCAGAUGCUCUUUUGAUUGCUUUAGGAUGAACUUGUGCAACCAGCUUGGCCUUAUGCGAACAGGCAAGAAUGAUUGCUCGAAAGUAGAAUGUGCACGUCAGAAACAUUGAUUCUACAUCUUUCCUUCUUUGGUGGGAUGUUAUUAAACCCCGUAGCUAUAAACAAAGCAAAUGGGAAAUGGCUAGAAAUUUCUAGAUGCAGGGCCAUUGCCUGCCAAAACAUGGAGAUUGACAUGGGGAAAGGAAUAUUGAAGCAAAGUGUGGCAGCUGCGUGUGGUGACAGUUAAAAAAGGUAAAUAGAAGAGAGUUGAUCGACGCGGACUACCCUUAGAGUGUAAGGGUAUUUAUGUCCUUGUAUUUUAGUCAUCAUAGUUGUUUUACGUCCGCAAUCGUCAUUAUACUCAACUAAUUGGUCUUAAUUUUACCAUACUUUUUUUGGAAUGUGGUGUAUUUAUUUCCUCUGCCCACUCAUAGAAUUCUGAAUUCUUUUAAGAGGAGGCAGUCUUGAAAACUUACCUACCAAAGCAACGUUUUGGAUUGCAAGACCUUAUUUGCUGAGCGUUUUGAAUGUGCUGGAUUGGAUUUAAUUCCAUUUACUGACGAUGUCUCUUAACACCUUUUAUAUCUAGCAUCAGACUUUCAUUUUUCUUGGUUUUUUGGGUCGUCGUUGUAAAUUUUAGGUAAUAACAAUGGAGAACCUGUUUCAGGACCCAAUGAUAUCUAAAAUGAUAUUGUCAGCAAAUGAAUACGGAUGCUCUGAAGAAGUCAUAACCAUAGCGGCAGUUUUGUCUAUUCAGGUGAGAAUUACUGCCUUGGCCUUGUCAUGCAAAGUUCUAUUUCACAGAAAAGGCUGCUCAAAUUUUUUCUUGAAUUACGAUAAUCAUUACUUGUAUUUUUUUGACAAAAUGACAACAUCCUCCAUUGCAGUCUAUCUGGGUAUCUAUGAGAGGAGCACAGCGAGAGUUAGAUGAUGUCAAGCUGCGAUUUGCCGCUGCUGAGGUUUUGAAAGAGGACUUAAUCUCCUUAAUUUAUGCGAAUGUAAAAUCCAGGGAAUGCUACUUCGGCAUGGUUGUCUCCAAAAGGCCUUGGCCAAUGUCCAUUCAGUGAAUUUAAAUUAAAACGAAAUAUGCAUAAAACUAAUAAUUAAAAACGACUGUAAAGAGUCAGCUAGAGGAAAAUUCAUAAGGAAUAACUUUCAGAUUUAUAUUUUGAUUUUUACUUGCAAUUUAAAAACCUGAUAGUGGAAAAUAUAUAUUGGAAUAGGGGUAUCAAAGAGGAAAAAAAUUAAUGAAUUUGGUUUCCCCCCCCAUCUCUACAGAUAAGAUGUCUGGUUCGUCUGCCUUAAUUGCUUCUUUAUUUUGCCAAGACGUGCUGCCUUUUACCAUUAUAUAUUUUUUUAUAUUUUCAUAAAAUCAUUUCGAUGAGCAUUUGGGAAUACUCUUUAUGGCAGUCGAGUUCCUUCAUGAUUAGCCCAGACAUUGUUACUUUUUUUUGGCCUAUCACAGGGUGAUCACAUUACAUACCUCAAUAUAUACAAAGGAUUCCUCAAUUCUGGGAAAUCUCCUCAGUGGUGCCACAAAAAUUUCAUUAAUUACCAAGCCAUGGUGCGUAUUAAUUUGGCUGACGGUUUUAUAAUUACAUAAGAAACCGUCGUUUCCAGUUUUCUAUAGCAUCAAUUUCUCAUUUGCUUUUCUUCUAAUGGAAAUGAUUUAUAUUACUGUCGCAGAAGAAGGUUCUGGAGAUUAGGGAGCAACUCAUCAAACUGCUGAAGCGGCUUGGGAUGAUUCUGAAGUCAUGUGAGAAAGAUACAUUGGUAAUCAUUCUCUCCAUUCAACUUUCGUUUUCCUCAAAAAUAUGAUUGAACUGAUUGUAGUCAUUCCGUCUAUUUUUAGUCCACAACUUAAGUCUCUUUAUUUUGGCUUCCUUAGAAAAGAAAAAAUUAUGCAUUCACGUAAUACUCAUUCCCGGAAUUAACCAAAUCUUAAAAAUUUCAGACAAUGAAGAAUUUUUUUUGAUGUGGGAAAAUCCAUUCGAAAAGAAAUACCAUAUGCCUUUUGGGUGACGGCUGAUGUUCUGGUGAUUGAAUGGUAAGGUAUGACGGGUGUCACAAGACUAAGAGGGUUAAAGAAGCAUAUUGCUAUCCUUUCUAGAAAAUGAGUGAUUGCACCGGGUGAUGUUUCUGUAGGAUCCUCUAUUUGACUGUAUUUAAGGAAAUAAUAUGAAAUGUGUGUGACACCCGUCUUCAUUUUUCUUAGUCAGGAUUCUCUUCCAGCGUCUUGGCAAGCACAAAAGGCUGCAAUGAGUCAUCUUGGUUUUGACAAAGGGGAUGCAUUGCUACCUUUGGUUAAAAGAAAAAUUAGAGGAAAGUUCAAUAUUUUCAGUCCCUGAAGUCUAACUGCCUAGGGUAUGCUUACUGAUCCCAGGAGACAUUGACGGCACUAUCCUUAAAUCUGAUUAGCAGAUAGGAGGGAAUCAGAGAUAUCUCUUUUUAUGAUGGACAAUCUCUUCCCUCACUUUUUCCCUCAAACAUGGUUUAAAAAACUGGUUUUAAAUUUGAACAUGUUAUGAUAUUUUAUGUAACAGUUUUUGACUCGUCAUUCUAUUUUUUGGUAAGCAGUCUUAGCUAUAGUGGCCACUAUUUCUGUACAGCUGUUUGGAGUCCCAUAUUUUCACUUGAAUUUUUUAUAAGCUCGUUGCCUGAAUGAAGAAAAUAUGUUUUUUACUUUGUUCCAUCUUUUUAACCAUGUGCAUAUAUCGACAGACGCAUGUGAAUAACUUCGUAGAAAUGCAUUUCCUAAGAUGCGCUUCUAAUGAGAAAGGAUAAGCUUUGAAACUUCUUUUCCAUUACUGCCUUUCUGAAACUCUUUACAUGAUUUAGUCUAAUGUACACACUCUGUUGUUUCGGAAGUUUGAGAAUUUGUAUCUGUCUUUUUCAAUACUUCUGGUGGCAUCCCACACCCUAACACUUGCAGUUCUCAUUAUUUCAGGCCAUAAGGAAAGCCAUUGUUGCAGGAUUCUUUGCCCAUGCUUGCCGUUUGGAAGUGAGUAAUACCAGGAAAUUGCUACCCUUUAUUUGUUUCCAGUUGCUUUUUAUCAGACUUGUAUGUAAAGUUUAAUUUUCGACGCUAAUCAUUUACAAUUAUUUGUUUUUCAGAAUUUUACUCCAAAAGAGCUAGUGUUAUAGACUCUUUAAAUCUGUGUACCCUUCUUAUUUUAAAUUUGGAAACGAGUACUAAACAUUUGAUUUCAUUGCAUAGUUCUUAUGGUUUAUCGCGUCAUAUUUAAUACGUAGCCUACCAAAAUCUGAGCUCAGUUCCUCCGACAUUUGCUUGUUAAGGGUGAAUAGGGUUUGAUUUUUUAAAAGUUAUUAUCUGUAAAUCAUUUUAAGGUAAAGUUCCAAAUUUAGACAAAACUAAUUCUAAUAAUAUUUAUAUUUACAUACAGUCCUGACUGGCAUUAAUGUUUAGUAACAUGCUCCAAUUUGAACCAAGAGAAAUCUCACCACAUUGUGUGAGUUCGAGCUUGGAGGCCCUGGGUCUUCAUUUUCCUGAAAAAAGUAUUUAAAUUACUUGUUCUGGUUGAAUAAGUUGCAAAUCAGGAGAUUAAAUUGUGCUUUUUGACAAUCGUGCAAUCUCAUGCCUUUGGUUCCAACCCUCUAGUCCUGCUGUUUGGGCUUCAGCUCUAAUGUCCACUUUCUUAAUGUCAUUUAGAGCCCUUGGAUGGCUCGUCCCUUAAUGGCUGUUGAAGAGGAUCUUUUAUUGGGUUGUGAAGAUUUUAUCGUAUGUUUUAAAAGACGCCAUUAAAACUGUGUGAGAAAAAGAUUCAUGUUUGUUGAAACUCCAGCAUAAGGUUCAUACUGGUCAAUUCCAAUUGUUACACAUAUUCAUGGAGAUAGAUGCUUUCGAUAAUUGGCACCAUUUCCCAAAGCUAUUGGGCGUUGAAAUCAUCAUGUGAUGAAUCCCAUUAAUUUCUGAGGAUGUAGAGUGUUUCAGAUUCUCGCCCAUCCUGUGAGUUUCUAGAUACAGCAUGAUCCCAAGCAAUAAUGAGAAUUAGGUUUACAGUUGCCGCAUUUUUCUGAGUUGGCUAUCGCUUUCCUUUCUAGCUCCGAUGCUUUCUAUGUUGUUUCUACAGACAUUCGGCCAGAAUGGCAUGUACAAGACCCUCAGAAGCUCCCAAGAAGUGCACAUCCACCCAUCCUCUGUGCUAUUCAGGCAAGUUUAGGGUAUCGUGAUCGUUACCGUUGAGCUUUAUUUUAUGAUUAUGGAACCGUCGUAUGCAUAACAACUGAAUGCAACCAUGACCGUCAAUGCCCAUUAAUGAUAUUUCCUGAAAAUGCUUCUCUUAAUAUAUUUUUUCUAAAUUAGAGGAAGAAAGAUAUGAAGUUGACGGCUGAUCUUCCUCCUGUGCCUGUUUCUGCUGCUGUCCUGGCAGGGUUAACCCGAAGUGGGUGAUCUACAAUUCCAUCGUCUCAACUGAUAGGCAGUACAUGCGCCAUGUUCUUGCCAUCGACCCAUCUUGGCUCACGGAAGCUGCCCCUCACUUUUACCAGCUCCAGAAGCCCUAUCCUGCCGCCUACUGA